UGUGAACAUAAUAUUAUAAUAAUAAAAAAGAUUCAGUGCGUGGUUUUAUACCUGUCGUUGGACGUUUUUAGGGAUAAGAGCCUUCACCAAUAAUCUCAUCGCAUUGCUGUGUAUUAAGUUGAACUAGUGAGAAUCAAAAAUACCAAAAAUCACUACUAAAAUGGAUGAUUACAACGAGACCAUGAUCAAAAUAGAGGAAGACGAGGACGUUAAACAGUAUUUUAACGAAGCCCUAAUGAAUGAACCAGAGCUGAAUCACAUUGAAGAUACACGCAACAGUUCUCAGACAAACUAUACCGAUUAUCAAAAAACAAUUGACAGACUUAGUGAAGCAGAAGAAAUUAAAAUAGAAAUAGGAGAAACGGACAAUUAUUGUUUUAAGCCUGUUUUUGAAGUGGAAGAAGAAAAUGAACAAGGGAAAGAGGAACAAAACACAAUCGACGCGAAUGGAUACAAGUAUUUUGAAUCGAAAAUCAAAGAUGUGGACAGAACAAAUUAUUACUACGGGACAGUGAACAAAAAUGACAAAGACGACGAGGAUAUGGAAGCGGAGUUAACUGAAACCUUUGUAGAAGAAAUAAAAUCGACUAACAUUGUAAACUCAUAUGACAGUUGCGUGACGGAAGUGAACGAUUUUCAAAAAAUAUACAAUGACAGAGAAGUGUGCAAUACAACGGUGGUUAAAGUCGAAGUCGAUUUAGUAGAUGGAGAUUAUUACGAAUCCUUGAUUGAAGUUGAAGAAAAUAAUCCUUUGGGUUUGCAAACGACCGACUACAAUUUGGAAAAAAUACAGCAAUUUUUCUGUAAUAUAUGUAAGAAGUCUUUUAACGCCAAAUGGAAAAUGGUCCAACACAUAACUCGAUCACAUAGUGUAUCUUCUUCGACCCAGAAAAGCACUAAAAAUCAGAUCAUCAAUAAAAAUAUUAUGGUAAAUAACAAAAUCAAUGGUUGUCAUGUUAAACCUUGGACAGAAAAAGAAUACAAAAACCAAAUAGCACCAAACGAUAACAACUCGGGACGUAAACCAUACAAAUGUACUGUUUGUUCAAAGUCAUGUUAUUCAAAUGCAGACCUCAUAAAACAUAAUCGCGUGCACACUGGAGAGAAGCCCUUCCAGUGUUUGACAUGUUUAAAAUCGUUUACUGAAAAAUCCACACUUACAAAACACCACAAACAAAUCCACUUGGGUGAAAGACCAUACCAAUGUGCUGUUUGCUUAAAGUCAUUUUAUUCAAAAUUAAACUUCACAAAGCAUAAACGCCUGCACACUUAUGAAAAAUCCACUCUCAAGGGACACGAGCGCGUGCACACUGGAGAUAAACUUAAUGAAUGUGCUGUUUGUUUAAAUGUAAUUUCUUCACACUCGGACAUGACAAAUCAUAAACGCGUGCACGCUGGAAAAAAGCAUAUCGAAUGUGCGGUGUGCUCAAAAUCGUUUUCGCAAAAAGCCAUUCUCACUAGACCCUAUAAGUGUACUGUUUGCCCAAUAGCAUUUUUUCGAAAAGACCACCUCAUAAAUCACGAACGAGUACACACUGGCGAAACCCCCUAUAGUUGUACUGAAUGUUCAAAAUCAUUUUCCCAAAAGUCAAACCUCACUAGACACAAACGAGUGCACACUGGCGAAACCUAUAGUUGUGCCGAAUGUUCAAAAUCUUUUUCUAAAAAAUCAUCACUCGCUAAACACAAAAAACGCAUUCACACUGAUGAAAAGCCCAGCUACAGAUGUGCUGUAUGAUUAAAGUCAUUUUAUGAAAAAUCCACUCUCGCCAAACACGAACUCGCGCACAAAGGACAACAGCUAUAUAUUUGUGAUGUUUGUUUAAAAAUCAGACCUCGCCAAACACACGAGUACACACUGGUGAAAAGUUCUACUAAUGUACAGUCUGCUCGAAGUCGUUUUCUUCAAAAACAAUCCUCAAGAAACACGAACGACUACACACUAGAGAGAUGCCUUAUUUCUGUCUUGUAUAAUAAUAAUAUUAUGUAUUUUUUAUAUUUUUAUAUUUUUACUAAUUAUCUUAUACA